CAAAAAAUCGUAGAAGUAAUAACGACCACGAAAAGACACACAGAACUCAUUCUUCCAGAAGACACUAACCAGCCAGCGGACAAUAUACUAGACAAACAACACCCGCAAGUUCUUAAUUACAAGAGGCUGCCAUUAUUCAAUUGGCUCAAAAGACAGAAUUUUACAGACUCAUUCAGAAACUUAAAUCCAUUAGAAAGGGCAUAUACGUGGUCAAGCUGUGAAGCAGCAACAAGAAUUGACUACAUUUGGUUGUCAGAGGCACUUACAUCAGGGCUGCAAGGAGCCAGCAUAGAAGAAGCAGAAGGCCUGACAGAUAGUGAUCACAGUGUAGUACUAAUAAAAGUGUGGAUGGGUCAUAUAAUUGCAAACAGUAGUAGAGCGGAAGUCAAACGCAAAGAUCAAACAAGAACAAUAUACCUGUAUGAAGAAGCGAGUCAAGAGAAUUGGGAAGAAUAUGCAAAAGAGUUGCAAAGUCAGUUAGAAUGGAAAAGAGUGUUAAAGCAACUAGAAGAUGACAAGUCAAAUGCAAAAUGCAGUACAGAUACACUGAACCAGAUGUGGGAUGCAAUAGAAGAAGCUAUAACUGAAGCAGCAAAUAAGCAAAUUCCGAGAAAGAAGAUUUUUAACACAAGAGAAAACAGAAGACAAGACCAAGGACGAAUGAUUGCUAGUCUGUUAAACAAACCAUACAAAAAGAUUACGCUUGACAGAUAUUUAGUACAAAACAAAGAAGAGGUCAACUUAGUAACAGAGCCAAAUGCGGUCUUAAAUGGUUUGGCAGAACAUUUCCAAAAUCAGUUUAGAAAAAGGAAAACAAAGUUGGAAGAUAUGUCAGAGGAGUGGAGAGAAGUAUACAGACCAAAAGAAUGGAUUAAUGAGGCCUGGUACAGAAAACUUGAAGAAAAAAUAAAAGAAGAAGAAUGGGAAGAG